AUGAGCACCAACGCAAUCCCCACCACGCAAACAGCAGGCUGGAUCCAAGACCCCGGCCCAGACUGCGUCCUCCAGAUCCGGAACGACGUGGCCGUGAAGCAGCCAUCCGCAGGCGAAGUCCUCGUCAAGCUUGAAUACAGCGGCAUCUGCCAUUCGGACUGCCACAACCUCGCUUGGCCGGGCAAGUACACCGAGGUGCCUGGCCACGAGGGCGUCGGCACCGUAGUCUCGCUAGGCGCAAAUGUGUCGUCGGAGCUGAUGGGCAAAAGAGUCGGCAUCAAGUGGCUGUGGAAUGCGUGCCAAACGUGCAGUAGCUGUAAGCAGGGCAAGGAGAACCACUGUGCCAAGCAGAAGAACACCGGCAGGAAUGUGUGGGGCACGCUGCAGCAGUAUGUCGUUGCCGAUGCGCAGUUUGUGACGAUGAUUCCCGAUGGCGUCAAGAGCGAGAUCGCAGCGCCUCUGCUGUGCGCGGGCUUGAGUCUAGCAGGCGGUGUGUCCAAACUCGAGCCCGAGGUCAACCCCGGCGAUUUCGUGGCUAUUGUCGGUGCCGGCGGCGGACUGGGACAUAUCGGUGUGCAGAUUGCGAGUAUCAAGGGGUACAAGGUGAUUGCCAUUGACAGCGGGGUUGAAAAAGAAAAACUCGCAAAGGAAAUGGGCGCCGUGGCGUUUGUCGACUUCGCCAAACAGGAUGUCGUGCAGGCUGUCAGGGAGCUCACCGAUGGCGAAGGCGCACACGGCGUUAUUUGCGUGGCCGGAAGCGAGAAGGCAUACAUGCAGGCACCGGACCUGUGCAGAAACAGUGGUGUCUUUGUCUGUGUAGGCUUGCCACCGGAUACCUUCAUGUUUCCCAUGAGUCCCAUACACAUUGCUAACAGGGGCCUAACAAUCCGCGGCUCAUCUACCGGUAGCGCAAAGCAAAUGGACGAGCUGCUCCAGAUGGCUGUCCAAGGCAAGAUCACACCAAAAGUCGAAGUAUACGACUUUGCCGAUUCGCCCAAAAUCCUGCAAGAAUUGAAGCGAUAUGAGGUUACGGGUAGGAAAGUGGUGCGGGCGCCAUAA